GUUGUUCUCUAGUCUAUUUUAACUUCCUUCCUUUUUUCUGUUUCACAAAUUCUCAUGCACUGGUGGAUGUUGCUUCAUUUGCCCUGUCCUUUUUAUGAUGAGCUCUUUUUUACGUUACAAAAAUAUUCUUUGAAUGGAUUUAAUCAACACUGCUUUUGAAGUAGAAACUGAGGGUACUCAAAAAAGGAAAAUAAAGCAUUCAUCCACAAGGGAAAUCGUCUUAAGAUUGUAAGCCCCAGUUCUCAUUGUGUCUCUUCAUCUCUGAAAAAAAGGACAGGAGAGUAGAUUAACACUGGUGGACUUCAACUUGAAAAUAGUGUGAAUUGACAUCCUUCGACAGGUGUUGCUAAGGUGAUGUCUGUCAAACUGGCUCCUCCUCUUCCUCUAAUCUUUCUGCUCAUGAUUCCUGAUGUUUUCAGUGCUGGUUGGGGUGUGAGUUACAGUCAUUCACACAUCUGUGCACUAAAGAACUCAUCAGUGAUAAUGAGCUGCACUUAUACAUACCCUACUGCAUAUCAGAUCAAGAAUGUGUUUUGGACCAAAGGACCUUUUAUAAAUGGUGAAGAGCCUCCAGAUCUGUCUAAUGACACUGAAUACAGUCAGAGGCUUCAGUAUCUGGGUGAUAAACAUCAUACCUGCACCAUCAGACUGAAUCAUGUGACACAGAAAGAUGAACAUGAGUACUGUUUCAGAUUCACAACUGAUAAAACUGAUGGAAAAUGGACUGGUGAUCCAGGAGUGAGUCUUACUGUCACAGAUCUUCAGGUGGAGUCUCCUGAGAGAGUGACAGAGGGAGAUUCAGUCCGUCUGACAUGUAACAGCAGCUGCACUCUGACUGACAGAGCAACAUUCAUCUGGUACAGAAACUCACAGCCAUUAACUGAGAGAAGAGACAGAAACAAUGAACUCCUGCUGCAGUCAGUCAGAAGAGAAGAUGCAGGCAGAUAUAGCUGUGCUCUACAUGGACACACUUACAUCUCUCCUGCUGUUCAUCUCAAUGUCAUGUAUGCACCAAAGACUAUCUCAGUGUCCAUCAGUCCAUCUGGUGAAAUAGUGGAGGGAGAUUCAGUGACUCUGAACUGCAGCAGUGAUUCAAACCCACCUGCAGAAAUCAGCUGGUUUAGAGGAGGAACGUUUGUAGGGUCUGGAAGAAUCUACAGCAUCUCAAACAUCAGCUCUGAUCACAGUGGAGAAUACAAGUGCAAGUCCAGAAAUGAACAUGGAGAGAAAUACUCAGAUGCUGUGGCUCUGAACAUCAUGUACCCACCCAAGAACAUCUCAGUGUCCAUCAGUCCAUCUGGUGAAAUAGUGGAGGGAGAUUCAGUGACUCUGAUCUGCAGCAGUGAUUCAAACCCACCUGCAGAAAUCAGCUGGUUUAGAGGAGGAAUGUUUGUAGGGUCUGGAAGAAUCUACAGCAUCUCAAACAUCAGCUCUGAUCACAGUGGAGAAUACAAGUGCAAAUCCAGAAAUGAACAUGGAGAGAAAUACUGUGAUGCUGCUACUUUAAAUGUCACCUACCCACCAAAGAGCAUCUCAGUGUCCAUCAGUCCAUCUGGUGAAAUAGUGGAGGGAGAUUCAGUGACUCUGAACUGCAGCAGUGAUUCAAACCCACCUGCAGAAAUCAGCUGGUUUAAAGGAGGAAUGUUUGUAGGAUCUGGAAGAAUCUACAACAUCUCAAAGAUCAGCUCUGAUCACAGUGGAGAAUACAAGUGCAAGUCCAUCAAUAAACAUGGAGAGAAAUACUCUGAUGCUGUGACUUUAAAUGUCAUGUAUCCUCCAAGAAAUGUCUCAGGGUUCAUAAAUGGAUCUGCUGAAAUAGAGGAAGGUGAUUCAGUGACUCUGAUCUGCAGCAGUGAUUCAAACCCACCUGCAGAAAUCAGCUGGUUUAAGGAGGAUGAAUCCUCAGCUGUUGGAUCUGGACAGAGUUUCAGUGCACUACAGAGUGGACGCUUCUACUGUGAGGCUCACAAUCAACAUGGAUCUCAGAGAUCAGACGCUGUUACUGUCAAUGUACAUGGAAGAACGUUUCUGUAUGUUGUUGGUGGAGUCACUGGUGGACUGGGAGGUUUAAUUUUCAUUUUCAUCAUUGUGCUCCUCUUGAGGAAAAAACACAGACCUGAUGACAUCACACAGAAGCAGGAUGAUCUGUAUGCCAACGCAUCAGCUCACGAUGGGCCUCGGUCUGAAUCUGAUCCCCCGGAUCAAAACGAUGCCCUGUAUUCCUUAAUUACACUCAACAACUUCAGUGGCUAUCGAACUGUGGGAAAAACAUCUGAUUCUGAGGAUACAGAAGAGAUCCAGUAUGUAACCAUCCUCCAUCACAGAAACAAAGGGACAAACCACCCGGAAGACGACGAAAACCAUUACGACAACAUUGGGAAAUACCAACCUCAUGCUGCCAGGAGAUCUACUGAUCAGAUGGUGGAGGAUCAAUCAGUGAUUUACAGCACAGUCAAGUGAUCAAUGGAUCUGUUUGGUGAAAUUACUGGCCCUUUCUCAAUAUGCGCUCUUAUGCGAUCUUGCGUCCUCGAGUUAACUUCCCAAUACUCAAGAACGCAAGUACAGCGGACACAUUGAAGCGCCCGGAUGUGUUCUUGAAAUUGAGGAUGCAUCAAAUGCAGACUUGAGAAAAUCGAACCGUUAGAAAUCCCAGAAGACGCUGUGGACGUACGGCGUACGUUCACACUUAAGAGAUUCCUGCUGCAAGCGCACAGACACAUGACUGCUAUAGUAUAUAAACAUUUAUCGUUUUGUUUUGCAUAAUUUUAAUGAAGUGGUACUUUUUAUUGGCAUCUUAAAAAGAAUAUGUAACAUUAUACAUCAUAUAUACAAUCAUUUUCACAAAUACAUGUGGUA